GAUGAAUUAUGGACAUGUUUGAUACAGCUUGAGGCUGGUGAUGUCUGCCGUUUUCUGCGCAACCUAAUAUUAAGGAAAAUCAAAAUCUGGAUUCAUGUUUGGAUGAAUUUUUGAUUGCCGUUUCAACUCAGCUGUGCUUCAUGAGCAAGUAACAGAAUAUCGCAAACGGUGCUACGGCACAUGGAUUUCAGGACCACAUGUGAUGAGGCAAAGACAGGAAUUUGUUUGCUGCAAGAUGGUAAUCAAGAGCCUUUCAAAGUUCGACUCCACUUAGCCAAAGACAUACUGAUGAUUCAAGAGCAGGACGUUAUCUGUGUGUCUGGUGAACCGUUCUACUCUGGUGAAAGAACAGUAGCAAUCAGAAGACAAACUGUGGGAGGAUUUGGACUCAGCAUAAAGGGAGGAGCUGAACAUAACAUCCCAGUUGUUAUAUCAAAGAUAUCCAAAGAACAAAGAGCAGAGCUCUCAGGACUUCUUUUCAUCGGAGAUGCUAUUCUACAGAUCAAUGGUAUUAACGUGAGGAAGUGCAAACACGAAGAAGUGGUUCAAGUUUUACGAAAUGCCGGAGAAGAGGUUACACUAACUGUUUCGUUUUUAAAAAGGGCGCCGGCUUUCCUUAAAUUACCGAUAAAUGAAGACUGUGCUUGUGUGCCUAGUGACCAAAGCAGUGGUACAUCAUCCCCUCUGUGUGACAGUGGGUUACAUCUAAACUAUCACCCAAACAACACGGACACAUUGUCAUGCUCUUCAUGGCCAGCAUCACCUGCCCUCAGAUGGGAAAAACGGUGGUGUGAUCUCCGCUUAAUCCCACUUCUCCAUUCAAGAUUAUCACAAUAUAUGACAGGAACAGAUUUAUGCAGGCAGAAUGCAUUUCAGAUCACUGCGGUAGAUGGUGUUUGCAGUGGAAUAAUUCAGUGUUUAUCUGCUGAUGAGUGCAUUGAGUGGUUACAAUCUAUAUCAACUAAUAUUUCGAAUCUCACAAAGCACAAUAUAAAGAAAAUUAACAGGAACUUUCCUGUGAAUCAACAGAUAAUAUACAUGGGUUGGGUUGAAGAGCGGGAGCAAGAUAAUCUCCAAGACCAUUUAUACACACCAAAGUUUCUGGCAUUAAGAGGCUCAUCACUUUAUAAAUUCAAUUCACCUCCAGUUACUACGUGGGACUGGAUGCGAUCAGAGAAAAAAUUUACUGUGUAUGAAAUAAUGUGUAAAGUUUUUAAGGACAGUGAUCUUUUGGACCGGCGGAAACACUGCUUUGGAGUUCAGUCUGAAUCUGGUGAAGACCUGUAUUUCUCUGUGGAGCUGGAGAAUGAAAUCAUAACCUGGGAGAAAGCAUUCCACACUGCAACUUUUCUAGAAGUUGAAAGGAUACAGUGCAAAACAUAUGCCUGUGUUAUUGACAGCCAUCUAAUGGGCCUUACCAUUGACUUUGGUAUGGGAUUCAUCUGCUUUGAUGCUGCAACCAAGGCUAUACUAUGGAGGUAUAAAUUUUCUCAGUUGAAAGGCUCUUCAGAUGAUGGGAAAAGUAAAAUCAAGUUUCUGUUCCAGAAUCAGGAUACAAAACAAAUUGAAGCAAAGGAACUGGAAUUCUCCAACCUUUUUGCAGUCCUCCAUUGCAUUCAUUCAUUCUUUGCUGCUAAAGUCGCUUGCUUGGACCCUCUAUUUGUUGAUAGUCAGGGAGCUGCCUCUUCAUCUGUAUCAACUUCUGGUGCCACAGCGAGUGUUUGUAAAAUGAAAUAUUCAACUUAACCCAUCCAAAUAGGAAUGCACUUACCUACUAAAAAUACACAAACUGUGAGCGAAUAUUUAUGGAGUGGUGGAUCUGGGACUCUAGCUCAGGAGACCUGAAUAGCUACUCAUUUAUUUUUAUGCAGAAGAAAAAGCAUCUUAUGGAUUAAUGACAGUUACUUAUUGUUCAGCCUCGAAGAUACCGCUUGCACACAGCAGCUGGAAAAGCAAAGGUCUGUGUUCAUGACAAAUACCCA